AUAUACCUUGCGGCGGAAGCACUUCCAUCUGAGGAAGGCUUUGUAUAUGUACAUACAUAUAUCGACGAAGUCAGAGUUAAACCUUGAAUAUUAAACUACGGACAGGUUUUUCAACGAAGUUCUGUCGUUCAAUAAACGUAAAAAGAUUCAAAAAAGGAGCAUAGUAUCCGUAUCCACGAAAGGUGGUGUAGUUUUGUGACGCCAAGUAUGGUUUUGAACGAUUAAAUUUUAACGAGCUUUAACCGCUAUUAAUAACAAAAUCAAUAAUCUGUCACAAUGUCUCAAAGUGGGGCUGUUUAUCAACCAACUACAGUUACAUAUGAGGGUACAAGUUCACCACAAGGAGGUUGGACAAAUCGUCCCAUUAGCUAUCUAAGUUCAUUCUCCAGAACUCCAGGUCAUCCAUGUAGAUUGCCCUGUUUUCCAAUUAGAAAUAUUAUACCAACAUUAUUUCUUAUUCUGAGUACUGUAUUUCUAGCAGUAGGAAUUGUACUCAUUUUGAAUGGAGCUAUCAAUUAUGGUGGUGAGGAUAUUUACUUAAUAUUAACCAUAUCUGGAGCACUUUUGUUUACAAUUGGCAUUGUUUUCCUAGGCCUCUUUCUUCGACAAUCUAAAAGAAACUGCUGUAGGAUUGGAAAGGAUCCGUUGGAUCCAGCUACUGGUCAAGCUUUGACUGUAAAUCCUUCUACAGACUUGCUUGUAGCAGCACAAUAUGCUCCAGUUCCUGAAGUUGCAUAUCAGCCUCCAAAUGAGGAAUCUGAACAAAGUAAACUUAUGCCUCAAACCACAAAAGAAAGGCUUUAUUGUGUUUUCCAUAAGAAUGAUUUAUGGGUACAGUGUGUGCUCUACCAUUGGAAAUGCUCUGUGGAGUACAUGUAGAGUAUUAUAUCUGCUCUACCGUAGGAAAUAUUCUACGGGGUACAAAUUAUAUUUAAUUAUCUUAUUAGCAAUAAUUAAAGCCUUUCCUUCCCAUCCAACUAUUUGGGAAAAUAUUGUUAAAGUAAUCUCGUACUAUUCGCAAAUUGUGUGUGGGGUACUCCAUCCUGUUGGACUAUAUGGAACUAUAUGCAGAAUUGAAAAGUGUAAUAAAAAAGAGGUGCUUUCAUUUCAAAAAAUAGUCGGUGGUAUUCGCUUAUUUUUGAGCCGCCCUCUAUACAUGAAUUUACCAUGAAAAAACCCGCAACCAAAAAUAAUGAUCGACGUGUCCGAGCAUUUUUCCUAAAAACAAACCCUGAGUUUAACUAAAUGUAUUCAACCCACGUGUCCUCACUGUAUAUAAGAACUUUAUAGCACUGCUUUUUUAGGAUUCCAUUUAUAAAUUCCUUUUUUCUUUUCAAUAGUAGAGCACACGCUACAAUGUUAGCGAGUAGC